AUGACAGGAGCUGCACCUGCGCAAGACAGCUCGCUGUGGGAAGACGCGGCCAUCGCCAAUUCGUGGGACCGUGUCGUUGGCGACUACAAGAUCUUCCACGACGUCCGGGCGCGUGGAGGCACUGUUGGCGACCUGCAGGCGAUUCUCGGAAAUGAUCCACCGCGGUCACAAACGAGUCGGGACGCCAAGCCUGAAACAACCCGCAGUGCCGUCCAAGAAGGAGCACAGGGCCCGGAUGGUGUGAUGACGGCGGACGACGAGGGUGCCACAGUUCCGGGCGAGGUGACGGGCAGUGCAGCCUCAUCAGCCCCGGAGCCUGCGCAAGCACCAGCAUCAGCUAGGACAAACGGCCGUACAUUCGCUGCACCUGCAUCAAACACGCCGCCAGCUUCUGUCCUGCUACCACCGCAAACCGUCUUGGGAGGAACGGACGAAGGUUUGAAAAAGCUGCUCAUGUCUUGGUACUACGCCGGCUACUACACCGGCCUAUAUGAGGGCCAACAACAAGCCAUAAAGGAGCAGCAGCAGCAGCAUUCAGAGCUACAGCCAUCGAACAGAGUUGAAAAAGCACAGACCGGACAAGCAGAAGAUGGCGUCGAAGUGGACCUUGAAAAUGGCCAAGAGAUGCAACAAUGA